CUGACAUUUGCAUCAUAGCCAUGUGCCAAUCUGUCAAAAGGAGUUGGUGCUUCAAAGAAUUACCAAAUCUCUAACAAUGAAGAUAGACAGUUAGCUAUUAAUUGAACACUAACCUUCCCAACAUGCCAUACUGUUAUAUGUAAAUUAUUUCGACAGUGACUUGUCAUUUUGCAUUAAGCAGCAAGGUCACAAGGCCACGACAACUGACCUGAAACAUGAGUGAGGUCAAAGCAAGUCGGCAAGCAAAGCUGAAACGACUUGAACGACUUGAUAGUCGUAUAGGAUAUACCAGACAAAUGUCCGUCCAAUCUGUUGAACAGGAUUUGCUAUCCAAAAGAUUGCACGAACAGUACAUUAUCCUGAAACGUCAGAUUUUGAAGUACCAGGGUUGUGUGUUGGGAUUGUUUCCAGCCAUUGGGAGAGAUGGAGAACAAGCAAAGAUUGCUCAUGUCCGAGACAGCAUAUAUUGUGCUGUGGCCACAUGGGCACUGUCACAGGCAUACAGGAAAAUUGAUGAUGAUGAGGGGCGGACACAUGAGUUGUCCAUGUCAGCAGUAAAAUGUAUGCGAGGGAUCCUCUUUUGCUGGAUAAGACAAGCAGACAAGGUUGAGAAAUUUAAGUUAAACCAGAGUCCAUCAUAUGCAUUGCAUUCAGUGUUUGACAUGGUGACUGGUGACCCAGUGUACAGUGACGAGGAGUAUGGACACCUACAGAUUGAUGUUGUCGGCCUCUAUCUGAUAUACUUGGUUCAGAUGAUUCGAUCAGGAUUGAAGGUGAUCUACACAACAGAUGAGGUGAAUUUUAUACAGAACCUUGUGUUCUAUGUUGAACGUGCAUACCGGACUCCUGAUUAUGGCAUGUGGGAGAGAGGCAGUAAAUACAACAACGGAUCUACAGAGGUCCACGCUAGUUCUAUAGGGUUUGCCAAGGCUGCCCUGGAGGCCAUCAAUGGAGAGAACCUGUAUGGACCUGAAGGAGCUGUGUGGUCUGUCAUCUAUGUGGAUAUUGAUGCUCACAAUAGGAACAGAACAAUAUUUGAAACUAUUCUUCCUCGUGAAUCCAACUCAAAGAACACUGAUGCCUCCCUCCUGCCUACUGUUAGCUGGCCAGCUUUCGCAAUCCACAAAAAACCUAUCAAGCAUCGUACCAUAGACAAGGUUGUACGCAAGCUCAAAGGCAACCAUGGCAUCAAACGCUUCCUCCGGGAUGGAUACCGGACAGUGAUGGAGGAUAAAACAAGAAAACACUACAGACCAGCAGAGAUCAAGCUGUUUGAUGGAAUAGAGUGUGAAUGGCCACUGUUCUAUGUAUAUCUCCUGAUAGACAACAUAUUUCGCAAUGACAAGGAGGGAAUUGAACACUACACAAAUUUGAUCAACCCUCUUCUCAGGAAAAGCAAUGAUGGCGAUCUGUUGCCCAUGUUCUACUUUGUACCAAAGGAACAGCUAGAUUUGGAGCGUAACAUGCGGCCGGGCACAGCCGAGUGGUACCCUAGUGCUGAGGGUUCUACAGACGGGGUGUUCCUGUGGGGACAAUCCAUUUACUUUAUAUCACAACUACUCAUGGAUGGGCUACUGAAUGUGAUGGAGCUCGACCCGAUCAGACGACAUCUGCCGGCCUCGGAGAGACCUGUUAACAGCAGUCGAUACUCAUCAUUCCAGGUCACUCCUCCUGAUCUGGUGGUCCAGGUGGCACUCAUAGCAGAAAGUUCACGGCUACAACAGGUGCUGGCUACUUACGGGAUCCAAACUCAGACCCCUAACCAGAUAGAUCCCAUACAAAUAUGGUCGCCCAAAGAGUUAACUAAGGCCUAUGAAUAUCUGGGCAUCAACACCAAACUUGGACUUUCUGGUCGACCCAAACGUCCUUUUGGAGUUCUCAGCACAUCAAAGAUUUACCGUAUUGGAGGACAGACCGUGCUGUGUUAUCCUCUCCUAUUCGAGGUCAGCGAUUUCUACCUGGCUCAAGAUAUGUCUAUUGUACUGGAUGAUCUCAAGAGGAACGACCUGGCUUUCCUGUCUCAGUGCUGGAAAUUGUAUGGACGACCCACCUUCUGUAUGAUUCUCCGGGAAAACAAUAUCAGGGGUCAAAACUUUGGUGAGUUUCUUGACUUGUUGGCCCAGUUUAAACGUGGACAGGUGGACAAUAUCAGGAUACGCCUGGGGAAGUUACAGUCUUUGAUCUCAGCUGCAACAGUUGAGCAUCUAGACUUCCUGUCUAACCUCCCUGAUCCCCUCAAGUUCUGUGCUUUUGAAGGGAAAACCAUCAGUUCCAGCUUCCGCAGCCUCACAGACAUCCCCAAACUUCCACAACUCAACGACACUGACCUCAACAUGUCCGAUACUGAUCUGAGUCAUAAGGCGACAUGGGACCUGGUCCAGAUGCUGAACCACUACGAGGGGAUGACUGCCCAGUGUCGGCUGAUGAAGGUCCUGUACCAGAGGGAGGGACCACAGUUCCAUAUUGACAAUGAACUGAUUUCCAGCCGCAUGGAAAAACUCAUCAACCAAGCCAGUCUGUACAAGAAGUGGUCAGUCGUCAGAAUGAUGGCCGCUCUCCUUGGCAAGAUUGUAGAUAGUCUUGCUCCGUCCAUCACCACCAUUCUGGUCAGGGGCAAACAGAUAACAGUGGGUGUUUAUGGACAUGAGGAGGAGGUGCUGGACAAACCUAUCAGUCCAAACGAGCUAAAGAAUAUCUUAUACUCUGUCUGUCUUCCACACGACAUCCAGCAGGCAGUCAUACAACAGGAGCUUAUCCUCUGUAUCGGUAAACUCAUCGCCACUAAGCCAGAAAUCUUUGAGGGUAUCCUCAAAAUCAGGAUAGGGUGGUUUGUGCGUGCUAUGCAGAUAGAAUUAGAGUCUGACCCGACAGACCUCUAUUCGCUGUCGCCUAGUAACAUCAAACUCAAGCUCUACUCUCUCCUCACCUGUAAUGUGGAUGAGGCUCACCUUCGUACCCCACUCCAGCGACGGCAGCUGGAUGGAGCACUCAACAAGGUCCCAAAGGACUUUUACGAUCGUGUGUGGCAAAUCCUUGAAAAUACUCCCGGUGGCAUCAAAGUGGCAGGAUACCAUUUACCACAGCAUCCAACCCUAUCUGACAUGACGAUGUACGAGCUAAACUUCUCCCUGCUGGUGGAGCAGAUGUUAAGUAAGAUAGUUGAUCCAUCCUACCGACAGAUCAUGGUUGAGACAUUUAUUGUGGUGUCCACUAUGCUGAACAGAAAUCCAGAAGUAACAUUUGAACAGUCAGUUAACAUGGAUAAGAUUAUCCAUGAUGCAUUUGAGGAAUAUCAGCGAGAUAAGAGUAAGCAUGAGGGCCAGGAGAAGAUGGAUGAGAUGCGAAACUUCUUCAACACGCCCGCCAACAUCCGCCAUGGCACAACCAGUUACAUCACAAAAGCUGUCAUCCGUAACCUCCUCGAGGGAGAGGUAAAGUUUGUUGGUGAUGAUUUCUGCUGCAUCACAUGAUCAAAGUCAUUUACUGAAUCAGUUGGUCAAGGUCAUCCACUGAUAGACAAACUACAGAGAGAAAAAUGUGUCAUUGUGUGCAAGAUAAUGGUCUUCGCCAGACAGUAUGGCCAUACAGGACCUAGGAAUGUAUCAUUCAUAGUGUAUCCCUGUAAACACUGGAUAGGUGGCUUCAAGAUUACAAGUCAAGGUCUGGUCGGUCUUCAAGACCAGUAUGAACUGUUAAUAUCAGUGUAAAAUUGGUAGUAAAAAGUGUAUUAGUGUGACAAGAUCUGAUUGAAGACUCUAUUUCAUACAUUUAUGACACAUCCUCAUCAAUAACCUGCUGUGUGAAAUCCAGUUCCUAUCCACGCAAUGGAAAUAUCUACAGUGAUGAGAACAUUUUUCUGCAGACUGGAAUGUUUGCAAAGCUCCUUGCUCUUGGAUUCCCUGUAAGGUAUUAUUAUAAAAGUUUCCUGAUUGAAGAUUUUCUAGGAAAACAAUAAUGCAGCUUUUUACUUUUGGGACAUGCCAUUGUUAGUAUGUACAGGGAAUGUUUUCUGGAUCAUUUGUAAGUUUUGUUCCGUGCUAGAUUUAUUAUAUUGCUGUGAUAAAAUCUUAUAUAUUAUUACCAUGCUAGAUCACUUUGCUAGAUGUACUUUAUGCCUGUAAAACCCUUCACAGGUAUCAUCUGUAAUUUGUCCUUCAUAGUUGUUUUACUGCACAAAUAUUUUCCACAAAUUGUUAUUUGAUAAUUGCCAAUAUUUGUUUGUGAUUUAUGUUUGUGUGUUUGUGAAGUUUGUACUGAAUCUGAUUUGUUAGAUCUGGUGCUAUGAAAUGGUGCAAUAGUUUCCCACAAGCAUUUUUAAGGUAAUUGUUCUAAUAUAUGAAUACACAAAAGUCCUCUAGCAGGCAUGGCUCAUUCCUGCAUUGUAUGGUGAAAAUAAAUAUGUAUAAAAUUAUAUAAAAUUACAAAUACAUGUACAAAUGUACAUGUAUUACAGUGUCAUAUUGUCAGUUUUUAGGUUACUUUGUCUUAGGUGACCUAUAAAAUCACCUUUUGUCCUCGUCGUGUCAGUAGAAGAUGGCAGUUUAAUGAUAUGCAUAUCGAACCCUGACUGACCCCCAGGGGCUGAUCUAAUUGACUGAAUUUUCAAAAAUCUUUUCAAAACCUGAAAUCAAAUAAUCUUCAUAGAAAUCAUAUGGAAGGGCCUUCAGGUGCUUUACCAAAAUUUCUCACCCAGGGGUCUCACGUUUUUCCUAUAGAGGAGGUAAACAUUAAUGUAGUUUAUAUUGGGAAAUCACAUUGGAAAUAAUACAAACUUAAUUAUUGUGAUAGUAUGCACAUGUUGUCCCUGACUGACUCCCAGGGGCUGAUGGAUGGGGCUAAAAUGGUCAAAUUGAUUGAAAUAUAUCAGAGCUCAGGUGACCAUUAAGGCCCAUGGGCCUCUUGUACUUACUUUCCAUUUUUUGCCAGUGUUUACAAUUAAUUUGAGUUUUGUAUGACACCACAGUACAGGAACACCUCAAAGGCAUUAGAUAAUAAGAUUUAAAGUAUGCGAUAUAUUACCAGUAUUUCUGACUACUCAGACACUUGUUAUUAAGGGUUGCAAACCUGGUAUUUUCAUCAUGCAUUCCAUUGACUGUAUAUGUUGUCACUCCAAAAUGCUUUGCUGGAUAUGUCUGUCAAUUAUAGUCAUUGUUAUUUCCAUGUUAUUUCCAAAAAGAAAAUUUGGCAUUCUUAUAAAAAAAUUGUGUGAGCCUGUCUGUGUGUACAUAGUGUUCUUGUACUUAAUAUUCAAUCUUCAUCAAUGCUAGUUAAAAUUGUAUGUCUUGAAAACCACAUUGAAAUCUUUUAUCGGAUAAAGACUUCCAUUAUAUGUAUAAAAAGUGUGUAAAUGCGAUCAUGUUUAAUGAAAUGUGCUGAAUCAGAGAUUUCUGGUGAUUACAUCUGAAUAAUUAACCAGCCUGAGCUAUAUCUAGAUACCAAUAGAUGGCUUACCUGUUGUUUUAUGUGUAUAUUUAUAUCUGAUUGUUAACAAAUAAACCUAUGUUGUUAGAUCUGA